GUUGGUUUGUGCUAGCUUGUGAUAAAGCUAUUUGAAAUUAGAAGUACAUGGAAUAAUGGUAUUCAGUAUUGAAGACCGCCGUGGUCGAGUAUUUUGCUACCCCAAGGCCACGUUUUGCUUUUGGUAAUGCUCAGCCAGAAAAAGCCCCAUAAAGAAGGAACUAAGAGUGAAAAGCUCAUUCAUGAAGAAAAUGUACGGACACUCAAGUUCUACCGUUAUUUGUUUCUGUCCUGUUAUAUAGUUUAUUUCGUUAUCACUUUAACAUUUUUCUGGUCAACCUAUACGAAACGUUACAUAGCGUUAUCACUAGGAUGCUUCGGUGCUUGUUUAGCUGCUUAUAAAUUUAUGUCCUACAUGGCUUCACCAUCUUACGCUGUCAACGAAAGAGGAACUCGUCAACUGGUGGAUGCCGGCCUAGAUUUAAAUAUAGGAUCCGGUGGACUUGGAGAACAAGCUAAAGAUGCAAUAAUCAUGUGCAGUUUAGUCACUAUAUUAAGCUUAAUUCAUCAAUAUUUCUGGUUCCUCUUAUUAAUUAUUCCUAUUCGGUUAUUCUACGUGCUUUGGGUAAAUAUCUUGGCACCGUGGAUAUUUGAUCCAAAUCAAGAAACUCAGGUAAAUGAAAAGAAACAAAAGAAAAUGGAACGAAAAAUGAGACGAGUUGGUCAUCUGAUGCAUGGUACAGACAGAGCUGUCGGCCGAGCUAAUUAGAUAACGAAGUGUUAUAAUGAGAAAUGGUUAUCAUCAUUCUGAGUAUUGUAUUUUAUUCUAUGGAUAUUUCCAUCCCUUAUCUCGUAUUAUUCUUACAUGAUAUUCUUUCUUUGUCCUUUUUAGUACAUAUUGAUAUCUGUACAGUAAUUUAUAUUAUGUAUAGUUUCUGAAAUGACUGAUUUGUUUCUUAUUGAUAUUAUUCCUAGUAUUGUUUUAUUUAUUCUCAAAUAUGCACAGUGGUAAAUAAUUCUAUCAUUAUUUUCUUUUUUUCUAUCGUUUGACUUAAAUAAUAUUGUGAAUGUCUUUUAUUAAUCAAAGAAGAGGAAAAUUUCUGUACUUCUCCUUGUUUCUAGCUAUUCGGUCAACAAGUAACUUCUUGGAAUUCGCUCAGUGGUUUAAAGGUUAUAUGAGGACCUGGGUUCGACUACUGGUAAAGUUGUGAGUACUAUUUGCCAAGGAGUGUUACACUAGGACAAAAUAG